AUGUCAAUUCUAAAGACUUAUGUUCAGGACCUAGAAUCGGAUGCUUUUGAUGCCGAAGAAUACGUCGAACGACUAGCUUGGCGGCUGACGGAAGACACAGAGGGUCCGUUGGAUGCCAGUUACCUCCAUUCUGCCUUAGAGGAGGAAAUAGGAAAUCUGCAGAUUCUGUCAGACCAGUGCCAGGCGAAGAUAGAAGGCUUGGAAAACAACUGCAGGGAGGAAGAGGAAGAAUAUUACGUUUCAUUGGAGCGGUUGUUGGCUGAACAUGAGUCAGCUGAAAAGAAGCUGAAGUGCCUGAAUGAGCGCAUAAACGCCGUGGCGGUCAGAGUGGUGCAUCUUGGUGAUCAGCUUCAGAGUCUUAGUACUCCACGUGCCAGGGCUCAUGAGGCUCUGCAGUUGGUACAGCACUUCACAGAUUUCCUUAAUGACCAUGCAGUCGUUUCCGAUGUCUUCUCUGAUCCAGAUAAACUUCUCGAAGCGGGCGACAUCAUUUAUAAGCUGAAUAUGAUCGCACAGGAACUGCCGGCAGAGAAGUUUGGUAAAGUGCGAAAACGGAUAUCAGACAAGUAUGAUGAAGUUGAAAUGAUGUUGAUCGAUCUGUUCUCGCGUUCCCAUUUGGCGGGCAACAAGGCAAAAAUCAAGGAAAUCGCAACAGUGUUGUCUCAGUUCAAGGUCUGGCGGUGUUGCUUAUCAAUUUGUUUAAAUUUGCAUGUUCAGAUGAAAUCCAUUUCAGGGUUAUUCUCAUUGUAUAGACAGCAAGCCUUUCAUGGCAGCGACAUCUUCGCUGACGUGCUGGCGCUGUGCACCAGCAAAUGCGAAUUCAUUAGCGAAGUGUUUCCCACACCGCAGCGGAUCAUGGCCAAACUGAUUCUGAAUAUCUUCCAUGGAAAGCUUCAAGAAUACAUUUCAAAGAGACUGAAAAGUAAAGAGAAUGACGCAGAGGGCCGUCUGAACGACCUUUUCGAGUUAUACUCAAAGACUAAAACUUUAGUGAACGAACUUUUGAAAAUCAACCUCAUGGCAUCUGAAAAGGAAUUUCUUUGGACUCUCGUUCGCGCCCUGUUCACGAAAUAUCUUCAUUCAUACAUAAAGUAUGUGUUUAUUUCUCAGUUAUUGAUUUUUGCCUGGAUUUUAGCCGUUUAUAGUUUAGAGACAGGCUACCUUAAUGAGCAAUGCGCUUUUAUCCUACAGAAAUUUUACGCUUCAACGGGGCAUCAGAAGAAAAGUGUGCCAACAAGCGGGCUGCAGGAGUUUAAACGUGAUCUUCAGGCUCGCCUUAUGCCAGAAAAUUACGGAAACGAGACGUUAUUGUCUGAAGAAGUUGCCAUCAGCAUUCUGCAGGAAACGAAAAAUGCCUUUCAGCGUUGUCAGACUGUACGGAUCCAUUUAUCUUCGCCAGGUGAAGUUACGUCGAAUCUUCAGCAACUUGUAGACAUACUCAUCCGAUAUCUCUGCCGCGAGCACAUCGAAUAUGCAGUGGACUUGGCUGCAAAUAGUGUUCAAACUGAAACGCAGUGUUGCAAUUUUCUGCGAGUCGUCAGGCAAACGGCAGCGAUUUUUCACCUGUUUGAAAAGCAGUUCGAAGACAGUAUCUUGCCGUUAUUCCGGUAAGA